GGGGGGGGCACAUGUGGAGCUUUAGAGACACACAGGUGUUGCCGGGGUUUGCGCAUCGCUGUGAGAUGGUUUGGCAGGAUGGGAGCUGCGAGAAACACCCACACAGCCUCAUCAUAGUUUCCCAUGUAUCCUGCAGUUCUGCUUUUCGUAAUACGCGAUUCAAUUAACGCUGGAAAGCCACUGAUCGCCGCAAUGGUGCACCACUCGGGCUCCAUCCAGUCCUUCAAGCAGCAGAAAGGCAUGCACACCAGCAUCAGCGAGAUCCUGAAGGAGAAGAGCCCGAAGCCGUCCCGCCGCAGCCUGCCCUGUCUGGCCCAGAGUCAGACGCAUCCACUCAACCUCAACCACUUCCUGUCUGUGCCUCUCAGCUCGGAGCCCAAACCAGAGGCCGAGGGUCUGAGUCAGAGCGUCAGCACCUCCUGCAGCCUCCUGCCGCCGCACACAGCAGAGGAAGGGAACGAUCAGUACGUGGAGGAGUCGGAGGUGACGACAUGUGAAACAAAAGCAGACGAGUCAAUUCCACUGAAGAAGCCUUCAACCCGAGUUAAACUACAGGCCCGCAAUGACUCAGUUCAGGGAAAGAAAUCAGCUGGUUCCUCUGGGCUGUUUUUCCGAGAUGGGAAAAAGCGUGUCGACUACAUCCUGGUUUACAAGAAGUCCAGUCCCCAGGUGGAAAAGAGGUGCACCUUUGAGAAGAAUCUACGGGCUGAGGGUCUAAUGCUGGAGAAGGAGCCCUCCUUGACCAACAACGAUAUCAUGUUUGUGAAAGUCCAAGCUCCUUGGGAUACACUCUGCAAAUAUGCAGAGCAGAUGAACAUCCGAAUGCCUUUCAGGAAAAAAAGUUACUUCACGGAUUGGAAGAGCAAAACCUUGGGCAGCAGGUUUCAUCUGAGAUGCCGACAGAUAAAAAGCUGGCUGCCCAGAAAUCCCAUGAAGCUGGACAAAGAGGCGUUGCCUGACCUGGAGGACACUGACUGCUACACCGCUCCCUUCAGCAGAGCCCGCAUGCAUCACUUCACUAUCAACAGUAGAGAGGCCUUCUUCUCCAAUUCCACCAGAAGCAGAAUAAUUCAUCACGUGCUGCAGCGCACCAAGUAUGAGGACGGAAAAUCAAAGAUGGGUAUCAACCGGUUGUUGGGAAAUAACACAUAUGAGGCUGCAUUUCCUCCACAUGAGGGCGGCUACAAGAGCAGACAUCCAAUUAAGACGCACGGUGCCCAGAACCACCGGCAUCUUCUGUACGAGCGCUGGGCCCGCUGGGGAAUGUGGUACAAAUACCAGCCUCUGGAUCUCAUCAGGCGUUACUUUGGUGAGAAAAUCGGUCUGUACUUUGCGUGGUUGGGCUGGUACACCGGCAUGUUGAUCCCCGCCGCCCUGGUCGGUGUUUUUGUCUUCCUCUACGGUCUCUUCACGAUGGACUCCAGCCAAGUCAGUAAAGAGAUCUGUGAGGCCAACAACACCAUCAUGUGUCCUAUGUGUGAGGACACCUGUGAGCCGUGGACGCUGAGUGACAGCUGUGUGUACGCCAAGGUGACCCAUCUGUUUGAUAAUGGCGGCACUGUGUUCUUUGCCAUCUUCAUGGCUAUUUGGGCCACUGUGUUUCUGGAGUUCUGGAAAAGACGGAGGGCAGAACUAACUUAUGACUGGGAUCUCAUCGACUGGGAGGAGGAAGAGGAGGAGCUGAGGCCUCAGUUUGAAGCCAAGUACUCCAGGGUGGAAAGAGUCAACCCCAUCUCCGGGAAGCCCGAGCCGUUCCAGCCCUUCUCAGACAAACUCAGCCGGCUCAUGGUGUCUGUGUCUGGAAUAUUCUUCAUGAUUUCCCUCGUUCUGACAGCCGUGUUCGCGGUGGUGGUUUUCCGUCUCAUUGCCAUGGAGAAGUUUGCUUCCUUCAACUGGUAUUUUGUGAAGAAGAACUGGCAGUUUGCCACCUCUGGCACCGGCGUCUGCAUCAACUUCAUGAUCAUCAUGUCUCUCAAUGUGGUGUAUGAAAAGGUGGCCUAUCUGCUGACAAAUUUAGAGCACCCACGGACAGAGUCUGAGUGGGAGAACAGCUUUUCUCUGAAGAUGUUCCUGUUCCAGUUUGUAAAUUUGAACAGCUCCACAUUUUACAUCGCUUUCUUUCUCGGAAGGUUCGCUGGCCGGCCGGGAAAAUACAAUAAACUCUUUAAUCGAUGGAGACUGGAGGAGUGUCACCCCAGUGGCUGUUUGAUUGAUCUGUGCCUGCAAAUGGGAGUCAUCAUGUUCUUCAAACAGAUCUGGAACAACUUCAUGGAGCUCGGUUAUCCUUUGCUGCAGAACUGGUGGUCUCGAAGGAAGAUGAAGAAAGGAGGUGGCGGAGGGCCCAACGUAGAGAACAAAGCCCAGCUUCCUCAGUGGGACAAAGACUGGAAUCUGCAGCCCAUGAACGCCCAUGGACUGGUGGAUGAAUACCUUGAAAUGGUUCUCCAGUUUGGCUUCACCACCAUUUUCGUAGCAGCCUUCCCUCUGGCCCCUCUCCUGGCUCUGCUCAACAACAUCAUUGAGAUUCGUCUUGACGCCUACAAGUUUGUCACUCAGUGGAGGAGACCCAUGCCGGCCCGCGCCACUGACAUAGGUAUCUGGCAUGGGAUCCUGGAAGGAAUCGGCGUGUUGGCAGUCAUCACCAACGCCUUCGUCAUCGCCAUCACUUCAGACUACAUCCCCCGCUUUGUUUAUGCCUUCAAAUAUGGCCCGUGUGUGGACAAAGGACACCACCACAAGAACGAGUGUUUGCGAGGCUACAUGAACAGCAGCCUGUCUGUGUUUGAGAUGAGGGACCCGAACAACAGCAACCUGUCCAUAUACUGCCGGUACAGAGACUACCGGGCGCCGCCCUGGAGCUCAGUGCCAUACGAAUUCACGCUGCAGUUCUGGCACGUCCUGGCUGCCAGGCUGGCCUUCAUCAUCGUCUUUGAGCACCUGGUGUAUGGCAUCAAGUCCUUCAUAGCGUACCUCAUCCCAGACAUGCCCAAGGGUCUCUGCGAUCGUAUGAGGAGGGAGAAGUACCUGAUGCAGGAGACGAUGUACGAAUCAGAGCUGACUCACCUGCAGAAGGAGCGGAAGAAGAAAGGACGGCGUUAUCACCAUGAGUGGCCUUAGCUUUAACCCCUCCACUGAAACAGCUCCCAACUCACAGGCACAACCUCCCCCUGCCUGCUUACUUAUGUGUUUUAGCUUUGAGAGUGGAGCUCCACUUGGCUGAUUCUGUACACCAAAGACACCCCGAACCCAGUUUCAGGUUCCUGAAACUGACCGCUCCCUCGCCAUCUGUUCCACGUCCAGUGUUGGCGCUGCUCCUGGUUUCUAGCUCUGACCCCCCCCCCCUCCUGCCCCCGACCCCUCGCCCGGCUUCCCCCAGCAGGUUGCCCCGGGGUCUGUGCUGUGUCUCGGCUUCACUUGGAAAAACCUGUGCAAUUGUAAUGUUUACUAUGCAGAUCAAGGGCUGCAGAUCACCACUGUUCACCUUUGGCACCCACCCUGCACUCUCUCUAUGUGGCAGCUAGCUCUCCGCUUCGACUCUGUUUGGUGCCGCUCGCAGCAUGGCCGUGUUUUCCUCCUGUCACUGGUUAUAUGUGACAGCGCUACUUUAGCACUUAGCGUUUCUUGUUACAAAAGAGAUUCUAGUGAUGUGGUUAACUAAGUACAACGGACACUGUUCCUGCAAAGCGACUGUAUAUUGCCCUUGAAGCAUGCUGAUUAAUAUUUGCGGCAAGAAAAACAAAAAACAGCAUUCAUCAUGGAGGAUGUGAACAUCCAUUUAGUACUUUGACAAAGAAUUAUCUUUGACAAUAUAUAAAGUGCAUGGAAAUAUUGUUUUGUAUCUUUUGAUAGACCGUGUUUGUCAUGAAGCCUGGUUCACGUGUGUCUGUUCUAGGUGUGAGCUGUGUGUUACUCUGUUUGUGCUACUGCUGAGCUUGACUGUCUUGAGGUGAAGAAAUGUGAACUUUAGUGCGAUUUGAUUGUGCCUACAGUUGUGCGCACCACAAUUGUGUCACCAACAUCACGUGUGCCUGUUUGUGCUGCACGUGCUUUUUUCAAGUGCAAGAAAUAUUCUCUCGUCGUUCUGUCUUGUGAUCUUCUGUGAAUCUCUCUGAACUCUCCUGUUAGGAUUUGUUUUGGAUGUGAGUCACAGUACCUACUCGGGUCUCAGAUAAUGGCUCUGAAACACGGCAUACGUUGUAACGUGACUCUCAUCAUGAACAAUGUACACACUCGCAUGCAGGAGCCACAAAUCUGCUCUUCCGUUCUGCACUCGCAGCCUGUUUUUCAUUUGUUGUUGGAAGCCCCGGAGCGUGGUUGAAACUUGGAUCACUUAGACAUACCUGUGGCUUGGAUGUUCAGCUUGCAAAGAGCAUCCAUCCACUGUUACUCACUCACAAAGAACACCAACAUAAUACAUGUCUAGUCCUUUGCUAAGCACACGGACUGAUGCAGUUUCAGCUGCUUCCUGACUUUUACUGAUGAUAAACUGAGAAAUUAGGUUUUGUUUUAAGCUGUGACCUUUGUUGUGGUCACCUUUGAUGUUAGGGAGAAGCAUGUUUUUGGGAACUCAGGAAAAUGGGCAGCAUGAGCGACACGUCCAUCUGUGAGUCAAAAUAAUUUCCUGUUUCAUUCAUGGUGAGACACAUAGUUGAAGAGUGAGUAGUAUUGAUGAGAGGGUUCGGCGCGAGAGCUUCAGUACAGGUCAUGUUGAUCAAAUGACAGUAAAUAAUAUUAAGUAGACGGGAAAGUUACACCAAACUAACUACUGAAAGAUAUCACUACCCCGACCACAUUGCACUAGAUUGAACACUGACAAACGUACUUAUCAUUUUACAUUAUUUAAUUGUAUUUAUUUAUUUAGCAUUUUAUGAUGUAUGUAAUAUUUUUAUACUUUCUUUUAUGAUCUAUCAGUAUGAGUUCAUCCGUAUUCACCCCCAGAUAAACAAAGUAUCGUCCACAUUUCUCAGGUGUCCUCUGAAUGUUUUAUAUUUUCUAAGAUGUAAUCAAAGGUGUCCUGCUUUUUAGGAAAUAUACUUUCUGCACUGUAGUCCAUGUGCAUGACUAUAAUGCAAACUCACAGAUACUGCAUGUUUGAUUUGACUUGAUUUUCACGAAAAGUAUAUCAGAGCAGAAUCGCAGGUAAAAUAGAGACAAACUGCAGGUUGUUGGUUAAGAAGUAAUGAUGCUUUCAGGUCAUAGUGUUCAAUCCAUUGAUCACAAUCAUGUCAUUCACUAGAGAGAUUUUGUAAUCCUCGUUCCAGUAUUUAGAAAAACUAGUCCAGGUUUUCUUCCCUGCUAUGUGAACAUUAAAGAUCUGUGCAUGUUGGUAUCCUUGAGUUUGAACAGAUGCUUAUGGCCUGGUACAUUUGUACAGUAGAGUCUGCAUGACCUAACACCUGUUAAGUUAUUAACAGCGUCUUAAACAUAUCACCCCCCCCCCUUUUUCAUUUAAUCCCUUUUGGAGGUCUGGACAUGAUGUCUAGUUUCUUGAUGAAGCAGAAGAGUAAGAGUAUUUUCUAAAUAAAAGUUUCAGUCUGAUUUAUAUAUUUUGGUCUGGAAACAACACUUUUGAAUCCUAAGAUUUGUCCACUGGGAAUGAGAAUUGUAGAAAAUGUUUACUUUCUAGCAGCUGUGUUUGAGCUAAUGGGAUAGAGAUAAAUAUUAUAAAUGUAAAACACCUUGGAUGUUUGACUUACCCAGCCACUUAUCCUUUCUUAUCUUCUCCUGUCUAAAGGCAUAUGUUCACUUUCUCAAUAACACAUGCUGCACAGUGGUGAAAAGGCUGCCUUCAUGCCUUCCACUGUUGGCGAUAGCACAAUAAGGGUAUUGCAUAAUGAGUAAUAAUGGCAUGACCUUGCACAUCUCUGAAAAUAUAGCAGUCUAGGGGGAUUAUGCUUCCUGUAUGCCUCCUAAUAGGAUUGAGCUUGAGCAAGUGAUGUACUUGACGUGGAAGCACAGUGAAGUCAGAGCGUGGAUUAAACUGUACUAUAAGGUGGUACCAGUCGUGACAUGAAGUGUAUCAAUAACAUUGUUUACUUCGUUCCUGUUUACAUGUAAAAACCAUAUUGAAAUGUAUAAAAAUAAUGUAACAUAAAAUAAUUUGGAUAUCACUCUUUUCUGUAAUAAAUCAUGGAUUGUAUCUUUUAAAGCAAA